GAAUAGGCGCUUGACUUGAUGGCACUGUUGAGCCUGUCAUAAGGAUUAGGGUUGAACUUUGUAUCAGUAACUUGGACUUAAUGGGAGGGAACAGUAAGACAAGGGAAGGGAGGCUACGGAACACUCUCGUUUUCGCUAACUUCAUUUAGAAACCACUGAGAUGUUGAAUUUGAAGAAAUAAUCAAAUCGGUCUCACUGGAUUACAGGUCUGCACCUUGGUGUUGGAAAGUAAAACCCACUGGUUUAUACGCGCUAUUACGCACAUGACGUAGCAGGGUCUGACGACCAGUGCAAGGUCUGCCAUUUCCUUCUUCUCAGCCAGGCUAGGCUAUAUAAAGUUUUGCCCUUUGAACAAGAAGCUGAAAUAUUCCCGGAAGAGUUCAACAAGAUGUGUGACAGAAGCAGCAAUGUCUCUGGACAUGAAGACGUUAUCAGGUCUGAGACUCAUUUGAACUCUCCAAAGGGCGGAGCAGCAUCACCUCCUGACAGUAAACACCCAAAUGGUGAUGGAAUGAGCUGUACCUCCUCCUCCAACUUUAAAGCGCCAAGCCUGCUUCUCGAAAGCCUGAGUGCGCGACCACUCCCCGGAGCCGUGAGCUUGUCCACACGCAGAGCGAGACUUCAGAGACAGCAGGAGAUAUGUGAACCAGGCAGCGUCUCACAGACUUUAUCAGUGGACACAUUUACUAAGGGAAGCCUCACACCUGUCAUGCGUAAAAAAUACCUGAAGGAAUUAUUUCUGAAUAACGGUUUGCAUAGUGGCUUUGGUAGUAUUCUGCAGUCUUCUAAAACUCCAUAUGCGUCAUCGGGAGGCUACGAGGAGAAUGAUCCAUCCUAUAGUGAGGGAGGCAACAGUUACGUUUCAUCCUGGGCUCUUGAUCCUAUGGAGCACGCAUGGAUUUUGUCUGUUGUUGAUGGAAACCGUGAAACAUUAAUGACUUAUCUCUCUUCGGAUCCGACUCUUCUGACUAGAAAAGACUUUGUCAGCGGUUUCACCGCUCUCCACUGGUUAGCGAAGUAUGGGAAAGAUGAAAUUAUCAUUGAACUGUUGAAGUAUGCUGAAAAAGAGGGAUGUCCUGUAGACGUCAACUUUAAAGGUAGCGGGGGUUUAACGCCGCUUCAUGUGGCUGCUAUGCACAGUCAGUUUAUGGUGGUGAAAAUCUUAGUCGGAGCUUUCGCUGCAAAAAUCGAUAUCAUGGACUACAAUGGACGGAGAGCGUGGCAAUAUCUUAAGUGCAACGCCCCGGUAGAGAUGAAGGAGCUGCUGGGAGCCUGGGAUGACGAGCAUGUAAACGUUGGAUGCCAAAACGCCAACAACAACAGCUCGGGAGCAACAGACGUGAUAAAUAAUGCAGCUUGCAAGGAGGAGGAACCAACUAAUAGGCCUACUUUUGACAGGAGAAAUGGUGGCUGGCGGUUCGGAUCCUUCAAAAAGUUUUUGUCUCCACUUUUCGUUUUUGGUAGUAAAGACUAGGCAGACUGAAAUGAGGAGAGGUGUGGUGCCUGUAAAUCCAAAUGUGAUUAUGUUUUAUAUUGUACAUUUUGAAAUACUAUACGUAUCAAGAUUAAUCAUUACAAAUAUAAGAUUUUGUA